UCAGUCAUUGAAGUGAAUGCCUUUAAAAACAGUGGUUUUUGUUUAAUUUUUAUGGCUUGGCAUUUGAAAAUGUUAAAUUUAUUAUUUUUUUGGCAAUUUAUUGCCAUUGUUAACAUUGUUAGUUGUGAAUAUUUAACGGUAAAUACGUGCAGCGGACCCAUUGUGGGAGUUCCACAAAAAACAUUUGUCCAUCAAGUACCUUAUAUUUCAUACAAGGGAAUACCAUACGCUCAACCGCCUGUUGAUAAAUUGAGAUUUCGGGUGCCACGUUCAGUAAAACCAUGGACUGAACCUCUUGUGACAACUAAUGAAUAUCGGCCAUCUUGUCUUGUGAUUGCCCAAGCCUUUCUUUUCGGAUUGAAAUCGAAUCAAAGUGAAGAUUGUCUCUUCUUGAACGUAUACACGCCAGUUUUGGAGAAAAGUAAAACGAAAAGAAAGUUACCAGUGCUGUUUUAUAUACACGGAGGGGGUUUUAAUGAAGGUGAUGGAACUGAUGCCUUUCAAGCACCCGACUUCGUGAUGGAACAUAAUGCGAUACUUGUUGUAAUCAAUUAUCGCUUGGGUCCCUUUGGUUAUGCUAAUUUCAAUCUACACGGUUAUACCGGAAAUAUGGCUCUAAAAGAUCAACGAAAAGCAUUAAAAUGGACAAAAAAAAACAUAAAAUAUUUCGGCGGUGAUCCAGAUGCUAUUACAAUGAUCGGAGAGAGUGCUGGUGCGGUCCAGGUGCAUUUACAUCUGUUAUCAAAUUCGUGCAAGUAUAUUAAGCGUGCAGUGAUGCUGAGCGGCAAUGCAUUUAAUUACUGGUCAUAUUAUAAAAACAAUAACGUGGAUCUGUUCAGAGAAGCAUUUAAAAACGAACUGGGAGAUCAAACGAGCGAUGAAGAGGUAUUAAAUUACAUGAUCAAUGCACCGGCCGAGUCAAUUGUAGCAAAAUCGCCUGCCUUGGACAUAAUCUCUCGAACUACUCUUUUAUUUUAUUGGACGCCAGUGGUUGAAGAUAAACGAAAAGCUGUACAUCCAUUUCUUCUGCAAAAACCACAUGAUAUCUAUGCAAACAAUAAUUUUUGCGCAAAUUGUAGGAACGUAGAAGUUGUAUUCAGUGUAACAAGCUCGGAAGGCUUUUCAUUUCUCGAUUAUACGCAGCCGUAUGCAUGGAUUGAAGCAUUAAAAAGUAGUUCUUAUAUUGCAUUGCCAUAUCAUGGACUUACUUUGACACAAGAUACUGCGAAGUACCAAGCAGUGCAAAAUAAAAUCAAAAAGUUUUAUUUUGGUGAUGGCGAAAUUGAACAGACCCCUGAACGACUAAAUCAAUACGUACAAUUGACUACAGAUACAAAUUUCGUUAUACCGUUUUACGAGGCAAUGCGAUUACAUUCGAAAGUGGCAAAAACGUAUUGCUUUUAUUUUGAUAUAAAUUUGAAUACGAACAUUGUUAAAUUACCGAGAAAUCUUACUGACAUCGAGGGAAUGGGACAUAUCGAAGAUACUGGCUAUUUGUUUAAAAUAAAUGAACCCAAGUACAGUUUCUUGUACGAUCAAACAUUGGCAGAUCGAAGCAAUGAAAUAAAUCGAAAAACGAUUUGUGCGUGGAAGUUCGUCACCAAACUUUUCACAGACUUUGCCAGAAAAGGUUUGGUCAAAUACGACAAUCCAGUGAAAUCAGUAAAAAAUGCAAAAUGCAUUCAUAUUACGAACGAUGGUUUGCGGUCAAUCACACGACCACACGGACGAGCAAUUAAAUUCUGGAGAAAAGCCAAAAAUUGUCUAUAUCCAUUUAUUGUUGACGAAUUUUAAAUUUACAAAGAAUCAGAGGACAAAAUCCAAGUUGAAUUCAAUGUAAAAAUUAAAAUACAAAAAAUGUAUUAGUUUUCACCCAAAUAAAUAACUAAUUUACUAAUGUACGCGUUACCAUGUCAGAAAUAAAACGUUGUAAGCAAAAUACAAGCUUUCUUUCAAAGGA